GUCACCUUGGGCAGCAACGACGUCGUAGUCGUCGUCUCGAUGGUGGCAUUCGACGACGACGAGGCGAGCGCCGGAAGAAGCUGCGAGUGGUCCCCACAAGUUGCCGAUGGUGGCGCCAGGGGGGAUCGGGUGGGGCCCGUUGAUGAUGACGGGGAACUUCAAACUGAGCUGCGUCGAAUCGAAGCCGUAUGCAGCAUCUAGGGCCGGAGAUUCUUCGGUGAUAUUGUUGCUGUUGUUG